AUGAUUUCGGAAGGGGAGCUUCCGGACAGGCUCAAAGCGCAGUUUGAAUAUGUGAUUUGUGGUCCGGACAUCAACUACCAUACUACAUCGAGCUACUCUGCUGGGACAUUUACUCCAUCAGGAGUGGACUACACAUGGAAUUUCGAUGCAUUCAAACAGAUUUUCAAGAUCGACAUAACACACAGAGAUGAUGACACCAUUGAAUUUGACAUGUCGGGUAUCAAUGUAGCGGUGGUCAAUGCAUUCAGAAGGAUCCUGAUAUCGGAGGUGCCAACGAUGGCCAUUGAACAUGUGUUCUUUGUGAACAACACAUCGAUCAUUGCGGAUGAAGUGUUUGCACAUCGCCUGGGACUUGUACCCCUCAAAGUGGAUCCACGACUCUUCCAGUUGAAAGCAGAAGAUGAUGCUCCGAACGAAACGAACACAAUAGUUUUCAAGCUCAGUGCCAAAUGCACCGCAGAAAAAUCUGUUGGUGUUUCUGGUGACAAAGUUGUUUCUGGGGAUUUGCAGUGGCUGGUGGGAGGCAGCGAGAUGCCCGAUGAGACAGCUUGUCGUUUCAGCGUGGGGCAGCAGGAGCUGCUGGAAGGCCAGCGCAUUGAUGUGGUGCACAAGGACAUCUUGCUUGCGAAGAUGAGGCCUGGGCAGGAAAUUCUACUCGAGGCCCAUGCCAUCAAAGGAGUUGGUCGUGAGCAUGCAAAAUGGUCGCCUGUUGCAACUGCAUGGUAUCGACUGCACCCCGAAGUCAUUCUCUUGAAGGAAGUUGAGGGUGCCUUGGCAGGCAAACUAGUUCAGGAGCUGCCUGGUUUGAUCGUGUCAGAAGAGCACAUGGGAAAGCAGGUAGCCAAGGUGACGUCUGCAAGAGAGCAUGAAGGCCUUCUGGAGAAGGUUCGGCGACUGAGCGGUGAGGAUGAGUGGAAGGACAAACUCCAGCUCCGAAAACGAAAAGACCGCUUCAUAUUCACAAUUGAGUCAGUGGGCAUAUACAAAGCAGAGGAGCUGUUCAUGGAGGCGAUCGACAUCCUUGUGCAGAAAUGCGACAACCUGCUUGCAUCCUUAUGA